GGAAGGGAAGGGGGGAGAGAAGCGAUCGCGAGAAAAAAAAAAUGCAACCUCCCAAAAUAAAGAGCAAAGAUUGCAUUAGGAGCGAACAGCGCUGCAGAAAUAGAUGGCAGCUUCGUGUCAGUGAGUUUGCAUCCCCCUUCCUGAUCCACGAGCUGGAGUGAUUAGAGCCCUGGAAGGGAAUUGUUACUCCCGUGGAGAAGUCCCCUUUUCCUGGCAGCCGUCUGCACUUGUACAUGCUGGAUGCCUCUCUCCAUCCACCCCACUCACUCUCUCCUCUCUCACCUCCUCUCUUCCUCUCUCCUGCAUUGAUUUUUUUUUUCCUUUUUAGUUGACUGAAAAAAACAAAACAAAACAAAAGGGCCACUGGAUGUCUGCCUUCUUGGGGGGUGAGCCAGACAGACUGACAAACAAACAGACCCAACUGUGUUCGGGGGAGGGUUUCUCCUCCCGUUUUGCCCGGCAGCAGCAGCAUGGACGUGUUGGCUAGUUAUAGUAUAUUCCAGGAGCUACAACUUGUCCACGACACCGGCUACUUCUCAGCUUUGCCAUCCCUGGAGGAGACCUGGCAGCAGACAUGCCUUGAAUUGGAACGCUACCUACAGACGGAGCCUAGGAGGAUCUCGGAGACCUUCGGUGAGGACUUGGACUGUUUCCUCCAUGCUUCUCCUCCCCCGUGCAUUGAGGAGAGCUUCCGGCGCUUGGACCCGCUGCUGCUCCCUGUGGAAGCCACCAUCUGCGAGAAGAGCUCGGCAGUGGACAUUCUUCUCUCUCGGGACAAGUUGCUAUCUGAGACCUGCCUCAGCCUCCAGCCAACCAGCUCUUCUCUAGACAGCUACACAGCCGUCAACCAGGCCCAGCUCAACGCAGUGACCUCAUUAACGCCCCCAUCGUCCCCUGAGCUCAGCCGCCAUCUGGUCAAAACCUCACAGACUCUCUCAGCCGUGGAUGGCACGGUGACGUUGAAACUGGUGGCCAAGAAGGCUGCACUCGGCUCGGUCAAGGUGGGAGGGGUGGCCACGGCAGCGGCGGCCGUGGCGGCAGCUGGGACAGUUAAGAGCGGACAGAGCGACAGUGAGCAAGGAGGGGUGGGGGCCGAGGCAUGCCCCGAAAACAAGAAGAGGGUUCACCGCUGUCAGUUUAACGGGUGCCGGAAAGUUUAUACAAAAAGCUCCCACCUAAAGGCCCACCAGAGGACUCACACAGGUAGUGAGAAGCCUUAUAAGUGCUCAUGGGAAGGGUGUGAAUGGCGUUUUGCACGAAGCGAUGAGCUCACGAGGCACUACAGGAAACACACAGGUGCAAAGCCCUUUAAAUGCAACCACUGCGACAGGUGUUUUUCCAGGUCUGACCAUCUUGCCCUCCAUAUGAAGAGACAUAUCUAAAACCCCUAAAGGCCAGAGUUGUCAUGGCGUCGGCCGUUGUCUGAAGGAAAUGCCGUGAGGCAGGGGGCUGGACUUCAGGCGGGGUUCCAUUACCUCGCAGAAGAAAGUUCUCACUCAUAAACCUCUGUGUACACACACACACACACACACACACACACACACACACACACACACACACACACACACACACACACGCACGCACUCACAUAGACCCACACACACACACACUGUCAUGCACUCAGCUAUAUUUAAAAUAUAUACGUCUAUUCUUUAUGCCUUGCCCUUGCCAGAUGGUAGAAGACGAAGAAGAAGGAAACCAGGUGAACUCAGCAAGGCAGACUGGCUGCUUACUUCAGCACUAUUGGAAUUAUUUCCCGCUGUUGCCAAUGGAAAUCAAAGAAAAUGGAUGUGACGUCUCUGCAGGUGGACGGCAGUAAGAGGGGCUUAUUUAACUUGCUUCUCAGUGCAACUUGAUAGGAGAAUACAACGUCGUAAAGUUGCAUAUGUGUAGCACUAAUGUUUCUUUUUAAAUAGUUGGGGGAAAAUGACCUAGAAAACCAAAUUGCAGUUUGGUAGCCAAAAUUAACUCUUGGUUUAUUUGUCCUUUGUGUGUGAAAAGUCCUACUAUUCCGUGCGUCCGACUUCCUCACAGAACUGUUGAUCGGUUUUGGUUCUUCUUAGUACUAUUGAGAUCUUUCGAGUCGAUACCAACGGCCUUAGCGGCGGCAGACUCUGGAAUAACACCUUACACCUUUCUGGCCUGCAUUUCUCUAGACUUCACUCUCAAGGGAGGAGUUUUCUUUUCUUACUUUUUGACUCUUGCACACCAUAUGCACUAGGGAUUCUGGAAACUUCUAGCAUGACUGCAAAGUGGCCAAGAGAAUAAAGUCCUUGAUGAUAAAUCACAGUAUA